AUGGGCAAGGCUGACGUAGAGGACAGUCAUCUGCCGGAAAAAGUGAAGCCCCCUGAUGGUGGCUGGGGCUGGAUUGUGCUGCUGGGCUGCUUCGUCAUUACGGGUUUUUCCUAUGCCUUUCCAAAGGCAGUGAGUGUCUAUUUCAAGGAGCUGAUGUACGACUUCCAUGUGGGCUACAGUGACACAGCCUGGAUCUCAUCUAUCAUGCUGGCUAUGCUGUAUGGAACAGGACCUUUAUGCAGUAUUAUGGUGAACCAGUUUGGAUGCCGGCCUGUGAUGCUUGUUGGGGGGCUCUUGGCUUCCUCGGGAAUGAUUCUAGCCUCCUUCACCACAAACAUUAUUGAGCUGUAUUUGACAGCAGGCAUGCUGACAGGUUUAGGCAUGGCUCUGAACUUUCAACCUUCUCUGAUCAUGUUAGGCUCCUACUUUGACAAGCGCAGACCUCUGGCCAAUGGGCUUGCAGCAGCGGGGAGCCCUGUCUUCCUUUCAGCCCUUUCUCCUCUGGGACAAGUCUUGUUGGAGAAGUUUGGCUGGCGAGGGGGUUUUCUCAUUAUGGGGGGCCUGCUACUCAAUUGCUGUACCUGUGGAGCAGUCAUGAGACCUCUGGAGAAUAGUAUGAAAAAGAAAGAGAAAGUCCAGGACAAGUAUGAAGCCAAAGAAAUGCUCCCGAUGGGAGGAAGGACAGAAGAGGUCAUCAGUACCAUGGACAGCACCAAGAAGUCAAAGAAAGCCAAGAAGAAGAAGCAGAAGAAAGGGAAGAAGUUGUUAGAUUUUUCUAUCUUCAAAGAUCGAGGGUUUGUCAUUUAUGCUAUUACCAAGUUUAUCAUGGUAUUGGGCCUCUUUGUGCCCCCCAUAUUGCUAGUCAACUAUGCCAAAGACAUAGGAGUGCCAGACAAAGAAGCUGCUUUUUUGUUGUCUGUAAUCGGUUUCGUAGAUAUCUUCUCCCGCCCAUCGUGCGGUAUGUUUGCUGGACUUAAGUGGGUGCGCCCCCAUGUUGGUUACUUGUUCAGCUUUGCUUUGUUGUUCAAUGGCCUGACAGAUAUAAUCAGUGCCAGGGCCAAUACCUAUACAACCCUCAUCAUCUUUUGCAUCUUCUUUGGCAUAUCCUAUGGGAUGGUGGGAGCGCUGCAGUUCGAAGUGCUCAUGGCCAUCAUUGGGUCACAGAAGUUCUCCAGUGCCAUUGGGCUUGUGCUGCUCAUCGAGGCCUUUGCAGUGCUCAUCGGACCUCCCUCUGCAGGACGCUUGGUGGAUGCACUCAAGAAGUAUGAUGUGAUCUUCUAUCUGGCUGGCUCAGAGGUUGUGUUGUCCUCUCUCUUUCUGGCCAUUGCUUCCUACUGCUGCUUGAAUAGGGCAGAAAAGAUGACCUCACAACCAGAGCAUUCUCCUCCAAAUGGAGGCAGCAGUGAAACAGAGGAAGCAGAAUCAGAUGCACAGGAAGCAGAGGAACGUCCUGGUGACAAUCACCUCCAGUCUCACAGCGUUAACGAUGCGGGGGGCGAUGCAGUGAAUCACCUUCCAGAAAACAGAAAUACAGACAGAGUUGGGCGGCCUGAUGGGGACGGUACAGUAAUGGGUAGCUGCCAUAUUGACCAGAUAGUUGAAAGAGACAGUUUCUAG